AUGGGACGGGGCAAGGGGGCGACGAUGGGACGGGGCAAGGGGGCGACGAUGGGACGGGGCAAGGGGGCGACAAGGGGACGGUGCGAUUGGUUACAAGGGGACGGUGCGAGGGGUUACAAGGGGCCGGGGCGAGGGGGCGACAAGGGGAAGGGGCGAGGAGGCGACAAGGGGACGGGGCGAGGGGGCGACAAGGGGAAGGGGCGAGGAGGCGACAAGGGGAAGGGGCGAGGAGGCGACAAGGGGACGGGGCGAGGAGGCGACAACGGGACGGGGCGAGGAGGCGACAACGGGACGGGGCGAAAGGGCGACAACGGGACGGGGCGAGGAGGGGACAACGGGACGGGACGAGGAGACGACAACGGGACGGGGCGAGGACGCGACAAGGGGACGGGGCGAGGAGGCGACAAGGGGACUGGGCGAGGAGGCGAUGGGGCAAGGAGGCGACAGGGCAAGAAGGCGACAAGAGGACGGGGCAAGAAGGCGACAAGAGGACGGGGCAAGAAGGCGACAAGAGGACGGGGCAAGGAGACGACAAGGGGACGGGGCAAGGAGGCGACAAGGGGACGGGGCAAGGAGGCGACAAGGGGACGGGGCAAGGAGGCGACAAGGGGACGGGGCAAGGAGGCGACAAGGGGACGGGGCAAGGAGGCGACAAGUGGACGGGACAAGCGACAAGCGGACGGGGCAAGGAGGCGACAGGGGGGCGCCAAGGGGACGGGGCAAGGAGGCGACAAGGGGGCGCCAAGGGGCAGAGCAAGGGGGCGCCAAGGGGCAGGGCAAGGAGGCGUCAAGGGGGCGCCAAGGGGCAGGGCAAGGAGGCGACAAGGGGGCGCCAAGGGGCAGGGCAAGGAGGCGACAAGGGGGCAGGGCAAGGAGGCGACAAGGGGGCGCCAAGGGGCAGGGCAAGGAGGCGACAAGGGGGCGCCAAGGGGCAGGGCAAGGAGGCGACAACGGGGCGCCAAGGGGCAGGGCAAGGGGGCGCCAAGGGGCAGGGCAAGGGGGCGCCAAGGGGCAGGGCAAGGGGGCGCCAAGGGGCAUGGCAAGGGGGCGCCAAGGGGCAGGGCUAGGAGGCGACAAGGGAGCGCCAAGGGGACGGGGAAAAGAGGCGACAAGGGGGCGCCAAGGGGACGGGGCAAGGAGGCGACAAGGGGGCGCCAAAGGGACGGGGCAAGGAGGCGCCAAGGGGACGGGGCAAGGAGGCGACAAGGGGGCGCCAAGGGGACGGGGCAAGGAGGCGACAAGGGGGCGCCAAGGGGACGGGGCAAGGAGGCGACAAGGGGGCGCCAAGGGCACGGGGCAAGGAGGCGAGAAGGGGGCGCCAAGAGGACGGGCCAAGGAGGCGACAAGGGGGCGCCAAGGGGACGGGGCAAGGAGGCGACAAGGGGGCGCCAAGGGGACGGUGCAAGGAGGCGACAAGGAGGCGCCAAGGGGACGGGGCAAGGAGGCGACAAGGGGGCGCCAAGGGGACGGGGCAAGGAGGCGACAAGGGGGCGCCAAGGGGACGGGGCAAGGAGGCGACAAGGUGGCGCCAAGGGGACGGGGCAAGGAGGCGACAAGGGGGCGCCAAGGGGACGGGGCAAGAAGGCGACAGGGGGCGCCAAGGGGACGGGGCAAGAAGGCGACAGGGGGCGCCAAGGGGACGGGGCAAGGAGGCGACAAGGGGGCGCCAAGGGGACGGGGCAAGGAGGUGACAAGGGGACGGGGCAAGGAGGUGACAAGGGGGCGGGGCAAGGAGGCGACAAGGGGACGGGGCAAGGAGGCGACAAGGGGACGGGGCAAGGAGGCGACAAGGGGACGGGGCAAGGAGGCGCCAAGGGGACGGGGCAAGGAGGCGACAAGGGGACGGGGCAAGGAGGCGACAAGGGGACGGGGCAAGGAGGCGACAAGGGGACGGGGCAAGGAGGCGACAAGGGGACGGGGCAAGGAGCAACACGGGGACGGGGCAAGGCGGCAACACGGGGACGGGGCAAGGAGGCAAUACGGGGGCGCCAAGGGGACGGGGCAAGGAGGCGACAAGGGGGCGCCAAGGGGACGGGGCAAGGAGGCGACAAGGGGACGGGGCAUGUGGCCGACAAGGGGACGGGGCAUGUGGCCGCCAAGGGGACGGGGCAAGGAGGCGACAAGGGGGCGCCAAGGGGACGGGGCAAGGAGGCGACAAGGGGACGGGGCAUUUGGCCGCCAAGGGUAUGGGGGAAGGAGGCGACAAGGGGACGGGGCAUGUGGCCGCCAAGGGGACGGGGCAAGGAGGCGACAAGGGGGCGCCAAGGGGACGGGGCAAGGAGGCGACAAGGGGACGGGGCAUGUGGCCGCCAAGGGGACGGGGCAAGGAGGCGACAAGGGGGCGCCAAGGGCAGGAAUGAGGCUAGAAAGGGAUGA